UUUAUUAUCUAUGAUGUGUCCUGGGUUUGUUUACAUGUGAAUGAUGUGAUGUAACUGUCAGACUCAGAGACCGUCUGCCCUUGUACAAUGAGCAGCAUCUUGCAGAGAGGAUGUUCUUUCGGCCGACGGUCGUUGGCCCUUGCGCCGAGAUACUUGCUUCUGCAAUAUGCCAAAGGAGCUCCCAAGAGAUGCAUUUUUACAGCCAAAGCGAAGACCAAGCCAUUUGGACCCAUUAGUGUAUUUCUCUUGGUUGUGCCAUGCGGAACGUUUUGUCUCGGAACUUGGCAGUAUCAGCGUCGACAGUGGAAGUUAAAUUUAAUCGCAGAGUUAGAAGCCAGAACAUCUGCACCUCCAGUGGAGUUCCCUGAAGACUUGAAUGAUCUUGAAGACCUGGAGUACAAGAGGGUGAGACUCAGAGGGACCUUUGAUCACAGCAAGGAAAUCUUCAUGGGGCCGCGCCCUCGCUUGGUAGGCGGAGACGUCUACGAAGGUGGUAGCGGUCUCAUCUCUUCUGGUCAGAGCGGUUACCUAGUUCUCACGCCGUUCAAGUUUGCCGAUAGAGACCUAACUAUACUUGUCAACCGAGGGUGGGUUUCCAGAAAGCAGAGAAACGCUGAGGCCAGACCAGAAGGACAAAUUGAUGGGGUCGUCAACUUGACUGCGGUUGUGCGUAAGACGGAGAACAGGGCUCCUUUCAUGCCGGAUAAUACCAAAGGAUCUUUGUUAUUCACAUUCAGGGAUGUCGAAAGAAUGUCUCAGAUGACUGGUACGUCGCCGAUUUGCGUUGAUGCAGUGGAUACCUUCCCAGGUGGCCCUCAAGGAGGACAGACUCGGGUCACGUUGCGCAAUGAACACCUUUCAUACAUGUUCACUUGGUACAGUCUAAGUAUUGCUACGGCGUACAUGUGGUACCAUCGCUUCCUCCGGGGCAAGCCCUUGAUGUAAGGAAUUGCAGGCUGUAGGGUAAACGUCUGGUAUGUAGGGAAUGCGAUGUAUAUAUUAGUACUAUGUUUCUCAUUUGUAACACAAUAAAUAAGUUUUUUUUUACAUUCUCUUUAAUGAAACAUUGUUUAGCAACAGAUUACUUUGUACAGUAUAUCAACAGAUUCUUUGUACAGUAUAUCUUAUUCCAUGAAUAAUAAUAGACCAGAAUAAAUAAAAUGCCUUGUUGCAUAGUUUUAAUUUUUA